GAAGCAAACGGUUGCGAUCGGUGCCAAUCGUACCUCAUCGCUCAGCACAACCUCGAGUGGUUACCUGCGCCCUUCAGCCAUCAGCAGUGCACCGAUCGCACGGAUAGCACCGUCCACGGCCGGUGGUGGUAGCGGUGGUGAUGCUGUAACCGAUAGCCCGUCCACUGCGAACGCUGCCAAUAGUUUAAGUAGUUUCAAAGCUCUUCCAUCACCGUCUGGGCCGGCUCAAAGCAUCACGUCAGCUGCAAACGUACUGAAUCAAAUCAAAUUCCAAGGUCCAACAACGAAGGAGCCACCCAAAAAGGUGCCAGCCAGCAGCAACACUAGUGCCGGUGGUGCCAGCUCAGCCUACAAACCAUACCACAGUGUACUAUCGAACAGUGCUCGGUCCGGUUCGGUUGUGGCUGCCACGAAAGCAAAGAUAGCUUCGGAAAAAUCAAAUGCACCAACCAGUACGACGUCAGCGUCAGUUAGUACUACCACUGGUAAGGCUAACAGCGCGACCAAACCCCAGCAAAGCGUUCGUACUCGAACGCCCUCCCCAAGGGGUAGUAUGAGCAAUGGUCAGCUGCCGAAUGGUACCGUACAAACCGGAGCAAAGAGUGCCGCCAUCGGUCAGAAACCGAAAACUUCUACCAAACCGGAACCCCUGACUUCAAAACCGACAACGACGCCGGUGGGAACGAAGAUAGCGAAUCCGUCAACCACCAUCGGUAAUGGAAAACUGCUAACGGCCGCGGCACGGCCAGCACCUGGCAAACCUUCUAACGUAGCAUCUUUGCAGCAAAGGUUUGAGCAACGCAAGUGAAACCAGUGACAUCGGGAUUAGUUUUUAUAUUUUGUGAAUAGAAGGAUUGUCUGCUUUCGUUUGUGGUACGUUCGUUCGUUUACCAUAUCGAUCGAACCGAAGUCGGUUGAAAGAAGGCGAGGGGCAAAGCCUGUCCUAAGUGAGUUUCGAUCUAGCGAGACGAAGAACCUGCCUGAAGGUUAGACUAUAAGAUACCCAAAACCCCCAUUGUUUAUUUAUUUAUCUAAUGUCAGGGUAUGUCUAGAGAAUGCGAUCCUGAUCGUAUAAGUGACUGGUGCGAUUAGCUUAAAGAACGAGGACGAACGGAUCUUAGCUUCGUUUUAAUGUUAGAGCUGGAAGUAUUUGGGUCGACAUACACUAAUAAUGACGAAGCGAACCAAAGAAGGGAAAUAGAAAGGACGACAAUUUAAUCAAAAGCUCUAUCCACGAAUAACGGCGUGCAUUGGGCAGUGACAGCUUAUGAAUUACAGAAGGUCGAAACAUUUCAUUCUGUAUGGCCUAUACGUUAUGUGUUUACUGUUUAUCUUGGCGGAAUACGGAAACGUAGAUCCCGAUUUUUCGAAUCUCAGACCCUCUUUCAAAAAGAUCCAUUAACGACUAAUAUCUAUUAGGAGCGAGGGACAAAAUUGUUCUUUUUUUUAAUACCGAAAGAUCUAAUUUAACGUUCAGAUCAUAAAACGGCUUCCUUGCGCUUCUCGUGCUGCGAGUAAUUCUUGUUGUACAAAAUCUUAUAACGGCAGCCCUGGCAAGUAUAUAACCACUGAAUAGAUCGUCUUUUGUACUACAAACAAGACAAACACAACUAAAGAAAAAAGGGGGAACCGUAUGUUCGUGUUUUCUGCUGUUUCUUUUUAAGUUUUGCCUCCAAUUUAGUUCCGCUACAAGCCAACAAAGCGACGAGGAUAAAGAAGAGAAACAAUCGUAUAUCUUUAGCCUAGUUAUAGAAACCUUUGUAAAGAUGUGGUCAAGUGUGCUCGAAUCAAAUUGCUGAAUUAAAGUAAUGAACAUUUUUUUAAUAAAACAAAAAUACAAUUUGAA